UGCCAACCAUUAUGUUCCGCUUCUAUAAAAGUGUUAUUCUAGGUUUAUAACGUAAUUUCUGUCAAACAAUUCAAAAAGUAUUAUUUAUUUAGCAAUUUUAUCCCAAAUGGUGCUAUUUUAUGAUUAAAUAUUACACGAUAGUUUACAAUUGUACACAAUAUGUGUAAAUUUAGUGCGAGUUUGAGCAACGUGUGGUGAUUUUCAAACCUAACCUCAAUCAAUUCAAAGUGUUCAAAAUGUGUGAACCAAAUUUGAGUGACGAGAGUUUGACUGAAAAGUUCAAAAGGGAGUUUAACGAGCAGUUCCAUAUUUUAGUUCGGAUGCACUUAUCGUUUUUGCUGGACCAGGCCACUAAUGAACAUGAGACUUUAUCUGAGAAAAAUCGCUUGAAAAAGUGGUCUCUAGUCCCGUUUAAUAAAAAGAAGAGUAAGGGGGCCCUGGACGGGGCACCCUUGACCCAGGAGGGCAUUUGUCAGGUGUACCAAUUGAUCGAGUUUUUGAAAAAGGAGCAAAAUAUUAAAGUUGAGGGCGUUUUCCGGCGAACGGGGUCUUUGGCGCGCCAACAAGAAUUACGUAAUUUACUAAGCCGGGGGGUCACUUUAGAGCUUGAAGGGGGCACCUACAGUAUCCACGAUUGUGCCUCGGUUUUGAAGGGUUUUUUGGCGGAAUUGCCCGACCCUUUACUCACCGAAGCCCACUAUCCGGCUUAUUGCCAAAUCGCCGAAUUGUGUGUCAAUAAGGAAAAAACGGUGCAAGAAGAAAAGCUUUUGGCUGCUUUACAACUCCUCCUCCUCCUGCUCCCCAACGAAAAUAAAGUUCUAUUGAAAGACAUCCUCGAUUUGUUGAAUUUCACCGCUUCUUUCGAAUCUUUCAACAGAAUGUCUGCUGAUAAUUUAGCCAAACUUUUCACGCCCCAUCUUUUGUGCCCCCGGAAACUCACCCCGGAACAACUGCACGUCACUUCGCAAACUCUCGCCGGAAUUGUGUCGUUCAUGAUUGUGAAAAAUUCAGAGUUGUUUAAAAUUCCGCAAAAUUUGAUACUGGAAUUUCGGGCGCGUUAUGAGAAACGUCGGGCGUUGUCUGCGAAUUGUCUCAACGAAUCGGCGACAGAUCAGUGUGCUGCGAGCACAGUUUUUACGUUUGUCGACCAGGAACGGACUGCCAAAGAAAAUGAAACCAAUACAACUGAGACGGCUUUAGCCCAGCUUUAUGCUCAUAUUCAGAGUCUUCCAGAGUCGUCGAAAAAACGCAAAUUGGUUAAACAGUUUAAUAAGGAGAAUGGACACGGGACGCCACUGCAAGUGCUAAGGAGUGGCGUUCAGAAAAAUAAGAGUUUGGGGGAUUCGAUUAAGAAGCAUAUUUUUCACAAAAGUGUCGUCAAGAGUUUGAAGAAGAGGGUAAGCAGCGAGGAAAAUUUGCAUACUCCCCCCCUUCAGACAGCCCUAGCUCGCGCCCGCCUUUUCUGUACAAACUGCGACUCAAGCCCCGAUCAAGUCGCCAGUGACGAACCCCAAUCGAAAAAAAUCCGUCGAUCGACUAGCGAAACUGAAGGUGAAACGCCUGAUGCCGAAACAGGUAUCGGAAUAACGAGCACGCCAGCAUGCGUUGCUCUGCAUUUCACGCCCGACGACCAGGAGCGUAAGUCCAUGUCACCCAUAACCAGAUCCACACAGCGUAUGACCAGAGCCAUGCAGGAAACUAUGAUGACUCCCAGAAGCAGGAAGCCGGUCUUGCUUGUUUCCGGGACGAAUAUCAACACCUUGGCGAAGAUUGAAACAGUUGAGGCCAUGGAUGAAGUCCCCGAGGAGGUGGAGAAGGAUAAUUCGUUGAGUCAGACGUUUCGAGAGUAUUUGGAAAAUCGGAGCAUGUUGACGACUUCGUCGCCCGCCGCAGAUUCGAGUUUUUCCAGUCGGACUGAUGAUUUCAACUCCGACUUGAGUCCGAGCAAAAUGACUGAUUCGUUACUGAGUUGUUUGGACGGAAAUGACCCCGGAAGUGAGAAGGAACUUGUUCUCAAACCGAAACAAUUCGAUGAAAAUGGACAACCCAUAGUAUUUGAAACCUCAUUUUAGUUAAUUGUAGUACAAAAGCAGGACCAUUUUGUAAAUAUAUUUAUUAAAGAAAGAUAACAAAUGAGAAAAAUUUAAUAAAUAGUGACAUAAUU